AUGGAUGACGCCGCCCGGAUCGUCUCGGAGCUGCACAACAAGCUGGCCGAGCUAGACGGCAAGGUCGCCGCUUACCAGCGUGAUAUGCUGGCCGAGUUCCAUCGCCAUGUAGCCGAUUGCCUCAAGAAUUGUCCGCCCGAUGUCUCGACUGAGGUCACCCGAGCCAUCAACGAUUCCAUAUCUGCUGGCCGCUAUCCAUACCUCAGCCCUCCGAAGAAGGAUAAUCAAGAGGAACAAAGGGAUGAGGAUGUCAGCGAAGAACGCAAGCCACGUGACGGCAGGAAGUCUCCCCCUCUUGUGCUCCGACAUGUAUCGGGCGCCCCCAAGACUGGCGCGGAAGUAGAGGCAGAGCUUGAGCCUGAGGGCCUACGGAGCCCCCAUGCACGCGAGAGGGAGUUCCAUGGCCUAUUUACCCCAUUUUAUUUGCCACUGCUGGAGGGCAGCGACCGCCACGACGAAGGGAACAUCUUGUCUGCAUCCCCUCCCGACACUCAUUCGCUUCCCCUAGUCGUUGCCGGGAAGAAGCAAGGAGAUGAGGAAUCUGAGGGGAAGAAGUCUGUUUCCGAUGCCACUCCAAGUGAUAGCGACGUCAGCAGCCGGCCUGAACCCGAAAGGAGGAACACGGAUCGCUCGGUUUCUUCGAUUAGUUCUUUUGGGAGUGCCAGUGAGCCGAAGCCGGUGCCCAUGACUCCAAGGAGUGCCCUUCGUCGGUCUUCCGGCAGCUCCAUCAAGAACAGCCCGCGCCGUGUGCGGUUUACGGUUGAGGGAGAGGAAGUGUUUCCAAGUGAUGGGCCUAAGCCCCCGUCGGCUUCAGUGUCACCAAUACUGACGCCAGGAAGCAUGACGCCAACCAGCGAGCCUGCCCCUGCGUCGGCUGCUGUGCAACUUCCCGAGGCGAAGCAGGUAAAGGAGAAGGAGGAGAAGAAGGAGGAGAAGAAGGAGGAGAAGAAGGAGGAGAAGAAGGAGGAGAAGAAGGAGGAGAAGAAGGAGGAGAAGAAGGAGGAGAAGAAGGAGGAGAAGAAGGAGGAGGAGAAGGAGGAAAGGGAGAGGAGAAGAAGGAGGGGAGAAAGAGGGGGAGAAGGAGGAAAAGAAAAAGGAAACCAAGGAGCAGGCCAAGGAGGGAGCUAA